CCUUUCUUAUACUACUCCACUCUCAUCGCCUUUUCUCUUCUCCCACAAAAACAAAUUAAUAAACAGUGAAAGAAGAAGAAGAAGAAGAAGAAAAUGUCGUUACCUCGACUUAUCUUUAUGUACGUACUCGUCUCCCUCAUCUUCGGCUUCGCUUCUUCUCAAAAGUUAGCCAGAGAUGAAGUGGACGUUUUAAGAGCCGCGGCGAAGGUGUUACAGCAAAAGAAGUGGAAUUUCAGUGUGGAUCCAUGCGACGUCGCUUCCGUAGGAGGGUGGAGAAAUCCUAACGCUGGCAAGGGUUUCGAAGACGCAGUUACUUGUAACUGCUCCUCCACACUUUCUCACGUCACCAGCGUAGUUCUCAAGGCACAAAACCUUAACGGAUCUCUUCCUAAAGAGUUUGCAGGACUUCCUUUUCUGCAGGAUAUUGAACUGUCUAGAAACUAUCUCAACGGUUCCAUUCCUCCGGAAUGGGGAGCUUUGCCACUUGUGAACAUUUCAGUACUUGGAAACCGGAUAAGUGGUUCAAUCCCAAAAGAGAUUGGAAACAUUACAACCCUUAUUAGCCUUAUCUUGGAACUUAACCAGAUUUCAGGGAAAUUACCUCAAGAACUCGGGAAUCUACCAAACAUUCAAAGAAUCUUUCUUAGCUCGAACUAUUUGAGUGGAGACAUCCCAAGUACAUUCUCCAGACUUACAACACUGAUUGAUUUACGUAUAAGUGACAACCAAUUCACCGGUACUAUACCAGAUUUCAUCCAGAACUGGACAAACCUUGAAAAAUUAGUUAUUCAAGCAAGUGGUUUAGUCGGACCGAUUCCUAAUACCAUUAGUACUCUCAAAAAGUUAACAAACUUGAGAAUCAGUGAAUUGAGCGGACCAGGAUCUCCAUUUCCGCCACUACAAAACAUGACAACGAUAAAGACAUUGAUUCUUAGGAACUGCAAUCUUACAGGAGAGUUACCUGCGUAUCUUGGACCGAUCACAUCUUUAAGACUCUUAGAUCUUAGUUUUAACAAACUAAGUGGACCAAUUCCGGUAACAUAUAGCGCUCUUUCACGAGUUAACAUAUAUUUUACAAGUAACAUGUUAAAUGGGGAAGUUCCAAGUUGGAUGGUAGACAAAGGAGCCAAGAUUGAUCUAAUUUAUAAUAACUUUACCAAUGAUCCAAGAACUGCAGAAUGUCAGAAGAAUGAUGUGAAUAUGUUUUCAAGCACAAAUCCUUUGGUGGCAAAUAACUAGUAAGUCCUUUUUUCUUCUCAUAAAUUUUAAAAUCUUAUCUCUAAAUUCAUCUCCAACCCAACAACAAAACUUUACUUUAGGAUGAUUUUCACAUAAAAACCGUUUCAGCCAACACUAAAAAUCACACUAUUUUAAUGCAACAAUUUAAUAGCACACCAAAUCUAGUGUGAUACUAAUCAUCACACAAAACACAAUUUACUUAUGUUUAUUUAUAUACAAAUGAAUAAAAUUUUAUAUAUAUGCAUAUGUAAUAAUAAAUAAAUAUUUAUAGUAAAAUAAAAUAUAUGUAUUGAACUAAUUUAUUUAAAGCUAUUAUUUAAAUAAUAUUUUAUUUUGACUAGUAAAUAUUUUAUUUUAAUAUAUUUUUACGGAUGUGUUUUAUGUAAUAUAAUUAUAUAAUAAUAAUUACUUAUAUUUUAAAUAUUAAAUAAUAAUAAAAAUUGUAAUAUAAUAAAUGAAAUACCCUAGAAUAACAUUAUAUUUUUUUAUCACAAAUAUAACACACAAAGGUCAAUAUGACCAAAAUAUGUUUCAUUAAAGAGGUAAAAGACACUUAUACUCCUAUGGUUAACUAAUCUAGACUUAUAAUUUAUAUUUAAAUAAUGGGAUUGGAGGGGGGAUGGGGUUUAGUAUUUUAGAAUAAAAUUUAAAUGGUUUAGGAUUUUAAAAUAAAAUUUAAAUUUAAAAUAAUAAUUUUAAAAAUAGUUUCAAAUAGAAUUUUUGGAUUUUAGAAUAAAAAUCGAAAAAUAAAAAGUUUUCAAUUGAAUUAUUUUUUACCAAACACUUUUUUAUUAUUAUUAUUAUUUAAAUAUUUAUCUUUAUUUAUAUAUCUAUAGAGUAAAAAUAUAAAUGCCAUUACCUCUUUAAUGAAACAUAUUUUGAUCAUUUUUUUUUGUUUGUUUUUUGGUUCAAACAAACUCUUUUUUGUUAUGAACAAUGUGGAUUACUAGUAACCAAAUGGCCAAACCGUGGCCCAUAGAGAGAGAGAGAGUCGGCGGCCCAAAGGGAGAGAGAGUGGCCGACCUUAGACUUAGAAUAGUUUCAUUUUCUCUUCAUGUUUAUCUUUAGGAGGUUUUUCUUUUUCCUUUAGGAUAAUGAUUUGUACACUUUCCUUUUAUCUGAUUCUUGUAAACCCCUAUACAAGGGAACACUUUGAUUCAGUAAUAAUAGAGACAUAACACACGA